AUUCCAAGCAAAGCUCUGGACCAUCUCAUUUUGGAUGAUCAUCAUGGUGUUAUUUACUGUUUUGUACCUAUAGCAUGUACCAACUGGAAACGAGUCAUGAUUGUGCUCAGCCAGAAUCUGAUAGCGCUCCAUAUCUGGAUUCUCUUGACAUACCAUCAGCGUUAUCCCACAAUGCUACUCUGCAUUUGACAUUUAACAAGUUUUGGAGACAUUUUGGACGUUACUCACGUCCUUUGAUGCAUCACAAACUGAAGAAUUACACGAAGUUCCUUUUUGUACGGGAUCCUUUUGUACGACUUGUUUCUGCUUUCUGCUUUCAGAACAAGUUUGCUCGGCCUAAUGAGGAUUUCUGCAGACAGUUUGGCUCUGUAAUGCUUCAGCGUUAUGCAAAUAUUUCCCCUGAUUCCGUUCAAGCAGCCUUCGCCGCAGGUAUCAGAUUGUCCUUUACACACUUUAUUAAGUACCUGUUAGAUCCACAGACUGAAAAGGAGAAGCCUUUCAAUGAGCAUUGGCAGCAGAUGUACAGACUCUGCCACCCGUGCCAGAUUGAGUAUGACUUUGUUGGGAAACUGGAAACACUUGAUGAGGAUACAGAACAUUUGUAG